CUCGAUUCUCUCAACUUGUCUACCGAAACCGUCUCCGAGCUCCUGAUUCAGCACCUAUGGCGACUAGAUCUGCGCUCACUCGGCUACGUUUGACUCGCUCCGUGGGGGUGAGUCGGACAGGCCUGACUCGUUCCCUGGGUUCGACUCUAGGUGCGACUCGAUGCUUCAGCGAUGACAAGGGUCGUGUGCUCAGCGAGGAGGAACGAGCUAAAGAGAACAUUUACAUCCAGAAAAUGGAGAGGGAGAGGCUCGAGAAGCUGAGGAAGAAGAUCAACACCGGAAAACCUGAAAACGAGAAAGGAAGUGCUGAGAAGAAGCCCGAUGAAUCCAAGCCCUGAGUUUGUUUAUCACCCGCAAUGUUUCGAUCGAAGGUACGCAAUCUCCAGAAAUAAAAAUGUGUUUUUUUUAUUAAAAAAAAUCUGUGUUUUGAUCUCUCCGUUCGAGAGAUUUGGUGAUUGCCUGUACAUAACUUGUUCUGUCAUGUUUCAUCCGUUCCUGUAUGCUCUCUCUAUGACCUAAAAUAUCUGGGUUUGAUCCAAUGUCCAAUGAAUUAAAAAAAAAUACAAAAGAGAACAAAAUAUCAAGCUUGAGACA